AUGGCGGCUGUUAUGAAGCUUAAGACGCUUCAGGGUCACCUGCAGGACCUGAGUGGGUUUGAGAAGCCGAAAGUACAACUGGAGCAGUAUGAGACUCCUCCACACAUUGCUGCUGUUGCUCUUUACACAAUGCAGACACAAUAUGAAGCCCUAGAAGGCAAGCUAGUGCUGGACGCGGGCUGCGGGCCGGGCGCGCUGACCUUCGGCGCGGCGCUGCUCGGCGCGGCCGUUACCGCCGUCGACGUGGACGCGGACGCCUUGAGCGUGCUACACGAGAAUAAAGAUGACACUGAGAUUGCUAAUGUUGAUGUGGUGCAGUGUGAUUUCCUCGGACCAAGCGUUUGUAGAUGGAAAAAUUAUUUUGAUACUGUAGUGAUGAACCCGCCGUUCGGCACGAAGAACAACGCCGGCGUCGACAUACGGUUCCUGCGCACCGGGCUCGAGCUCAGCUGCGAUAGUGUCUACUCGCUACACAAGUCUUCUACAAGGGCACAUAUCCAAAAGAAGAUCAAAGAGUGGGGUGUAAAGGGUAGCGUGAUAGCGGAGCUGCGAUACGACCUGCCGGCGACAUACAAGUUCCACAAGCAACAGUCGCGCGACAUCGCCGUCGAUCUAUGGCGGGUGCACCACUAG